CGUUCCUGGCGCGUAGGCGCUGCGGCCCUUCGCUCCCGCCCCCGCCGGGAGUCCGACGUGGAAGUUGCUGGCUGACCGGACUUCCAAGGGAUUCGCUUGGGAGCCGAAGCCGGACCCGGAGGCCAAGGCGAGCAGAGGUGGAGGCGCCGAGGCCCGAAUAGGAGUAGCUGCCGAGGCCGGGGCCUGUCUCUGACCACCGACAAGGGCGGACAGGCGGUUCACCAUGGGUGGGUUUUUCUCAAGUAUUUUUUCCAGUCUGUUUGGAACCCGGGAAAUGAGGAUUUUAAUUUUGGGAUUAGAUGGAGCAGGAAAAACUACAAUUUUAUACAGAUUACAGGUUGGAGAAGUCGUUACUACUAUUCCUACUAUUGGAUUCAAUGUUGAGACGGUAACAUACAAGAACCUUAAAUUCCAAGUUUGGGAUUUAGGAGGACAGACAAGUAUCAGGCCAUACUGGAGAUGUUAUUAUUCAAACACAGAUGCAGUCAUUUAUGUGGUAGACAGUUGUGACCGAGAUCGAAUUGGCAUUUCCAAAUCAGAGUUAGUUGCUAUGUUGGAGGAAGAAGAGCUGAGAAAAGCCAUUUUAGUGGUGUUUGCAAAUAAGCAGGACAUGGAACAGGCCAUGACUCCCUCAGAGAUGGCAAAUUCACUUGGGUUACCCGCACUGAAGGACCGAAAAUGGCAAAUAUUCAAAACUUCAGCAACCAAAGGCACUGGCCUUGAUGAGGCAAUGGAAUGGUUAGUUGAAACAUUAAAGAGCAGACAGUAGUUCAGUCACUUCUACCCUUGUGAAAUGAAGACUACAUCCUAUAUCCCUUUGGAAGGAAACAGUUAAGUGGGCUUCAUGCUACUAAAUGUUAAAACUGUGUGAUUGUUGGCAUAUACUGAACUGAAUGCAAUAUUUGUAAUAAAUAUAAAAAAUAAGUAUUUGGUUGGAAGGGUAACUCACCCAUGAUUGAACCAACUGAAUGUCUGUUCUGUGUAAUGUAAAAUCCUCCCUUGCUUUCUUGUGUUAAGUAUAUAUUCUAUUUGUAUGGAAUUCUUAUUCAAAUAGAGUCCUAUUAAAGAAUGUACUCUUUACUGAGGAAAAACCCUCCUAUUUUUGAAUUAGUAGUUGCAGCUUGUUUGUAUAAACACUAAUAAAUAUCUUAACCCUGA